AUGGCUGUCGGCCUUUGGCAUCAUUCUAGCCUCUCAGCGCCAUUUCGAUCAUUCGUCAGCAAUAGCUCAAGGGGCUUAGGACCCUGUCCCGGUUUUGUGUUUCCACAGCCCUCAGCCAGGGCGCUCCUUCUCACUCCGGCAGCAAUACAGCUGGUCCCCCAUUUGAGCUUUAAUAAACCGCGUGAUGCAAAGCCAUUCCAGAUUCCGGUCGUUCAGCUGAAGUUUGAGAAGCCAAGGAUGAAUAUUGAAAUGAGACUUCUUCGUGUGGAUGCCUCAUCCACAGGCCGCAAUCAGGAACAGACUCUACAAUCUUUUCAGGAUGAAUUUCAUUCAGCCAGCACGCUUGGCACCCUCACUCCUUCCAAUUACAAUCACCUCUUGUUUACUGUACGAUUGGGCGAUUUUGAGGCCUGUACGGGUGAGAUUUUGUGUACGUUCGUACGACAGGGAGGAGGAGAGGUAGAUGUACGUAUCGUAACUGUUACGGCUCACAGCCCUUAUACCCCUCUAGAACCCCUAUACAAACUUCCCAAAAAGGUAAUACGAUCUGUACUACGUACCGUACCUAGGGCAUCAUUAAACGUACGGUACGGCUCACGAACUCGGUACGUUCGUACUGAACACUACGGCCCGUUGGAAGCCCUGGUUGUAGCUACGCCCGUCCAAACUCCUCAGUGCGACAUCACUGGAAAUCCUGAUGUCUGUGGGCUUCCAUCCGUUACAUAUUCUACCUGCAGCAGGAAGCGGUUAGCAUAUUUUCCCUCAGCUGCCCUGGAAAAGCCAAUAUUGCCCGGACAGCCCUUUAGUCCGCUCUUGUGGAACAUCGAAUGGCCGCUUCAAUGGUACACAACCAGCGCGCUGCUUAUCUUCAAAUUUCCCACUUCAUGGAUCGACUUGAAGAACAGCGGCGCGUCUCUUACCACGUCCCUGGGUAUUCUUCCCUGGACGUUUGGAAAACAGCCUGGCUGUGACAUCAAAUACCCCCUUUACGUCCUUAUCGGUGUCUGCGCUCGCGGUUUCUGGAUAUUCAUGAAGGUAUCCUCAAUCAUGGGCGCAGUCUCCAUAGGCCCUCUGUUUUUCAUCGGAGUUAUAUAUUUCCUAGGUGCCUGGUUCUCUGGAUGGGGUGACAAGGAAGUGAAGAAAUACCAGGAAAAGCCUAGUUGGGCCUCUGCCGCCUUUGCAGUUACUUUUACAGAGAUGACGAUCAAAGUCAAUCACAUAACAUUCCCCGACACACGCAUCUCACGGAUAGUGGGCAGCUCAUUGCAUUUUGACUGGGGUCUUGGGUUUCGCAUCUUCGAUUUCUAUCUUAUUCCCAUUAUCUAUGUCUCGACACCGAUCACACCGCUCGCCUGUGGGGAUGCCAAUUUCCUCGUGCCUCUAGUGUCCCGACAAGCUUCGCACCAAUUGAGCUAUUUUCAAACCUAUGCCAGGGAGAGCUCUUUUGACGCCCUGCAUACGAUUGUGACCUCUUCACCACUUCUCUACCACCUCAAAUCCAAAGAGGCGACUCAAAGUCUCUGCCUCACUCGUCGCAUCAAUCGCGACCUCUGCGGUCUCCUGGGUGCGAUACCAAAGCUUUCAGUCGAGCACUGCAAGGACCAAUCUGUCUACCAAUUGCAACUCCACCGAUCUGUUAGUCUCAAAGACUAUAAUCAUACUCGAUACGACCAGCGACUGGGACAAAUGGAUCUACCUCUAAAAGCUAAUCGCGCAGCAGCAGUUUCUGAAGUGAAGAUACUAGGAGACGAACCAGUUAAACCAACAUGCGACGACCACCAAUCUGGCGCAACCAAACCAUCAGAAAUGGACACACAGAGCCUAUCUGGCUAUAACGCUGACUGUAAUCAAUGGAAACACGACAUUACAGAAUAUAAGACCUUGGGCAAAUCUCAGGUCAAAAUACACGAGCAGAAGCAUGAUGUAGCUCCAGCGCUCAACUACAGCCAAAUCUCUACGCUCGCCGCGCUCAUUUCAUCGCAUUGGCAUCGGCCUCCUUCAACUCUACCCUACUGGCCAGCGCUGCUACGUUCCGCGCUGAGCAUACAAAGGAGCAGAAUGGACUCACGACUCACCGAGCUCGCCAUCAUCAAAAUCAAGAGGUGUCGAGGUGCUCUGCCUCUCUCGCCGCUGCCGCUGCCGCCGCCGCCGCCUAGGCUUGAUCGUACGAAGAAAGUCGGUUUGCGCGCAGGUACUCUAUACAUCUGGAAUGUUCGCUUUUCUGCACUCUCCGACGGUAUGCAGCCAGCCGUCCAUCCAGGCAUCAAAGUCCUUGCUUGGCGUUUGAGCGCUAUAUGUUUGCCGAGACGUCGUUUUGAUCUUCGAUUAGGAAGUAGUGUCGGAGUGCAACUGUACGAGAGAUCUCUGGGUUCAUUUCAGCGUUCUAGUCAGAUAGGCUCCUUGUGUCCAUAUCUGAUGGGUUGGUUGCGCCGGAUUGGCAGUUGGUUUAACUGGUUCUUUUUGGAGGUUAAUCCAUUUGUCCCAGUCGUUAGUCAUAUUAGGUCCAUAACUGCAAACAAUUCUCCUCGCUGGAAUACGCAUCGCUCACUUUCUCGAACCAUUGCCCGUGUCCAUGAAGGAUUGCGUGCCCCCGAUGUAUUUAUUUUCAAGGAAACUAUCACGGUUGAAUCCUGCACACAUUCCGUCGCGUUGCUCGGGAUUUAUUAUUGUAAGGCAUAUAUACUAUUCCGCACGCGAAUCAACUCCCCGUCCUUACAAUUAUGUCAGGAUUUACCCGCCCCCAAAGCCUCCAUCCACAGUACAGGGAACAUCAACGCGGAGCUAGCGACUUUAUCCCAUCUACCCAGAUCACCACGAAUUAACCAACGACAAUAUAAGAAGGAGGCGAUCAAAACUAUUCUCAACUUCAUUGGUGCCCGGUUUCUUGAAUAA